AUUGUCGACGGCCGUUGAAUGUUGACUGGUUUCACGAUACACGAUUUAUUAAUUUAUUUUGAGUGUUUGCUCCAAAUUUUCCGUAGAUUUUAAAUAAUUUUGUCCCGAUUGUAGCAUGUACGAUUCUUAAUUGUUAUAGAAAGUAAUUAUUGUGAAAUAUACAUCUGCGCCAUGUUUUUCGACGACGAAGAUGAGCGGUUUCUGAAUCCUGAAAUUCUUCACGUCGUUCAUCGCGAACUUUAUGCAAUCACCUCUAAUUUGGAAAUUUCUCAUUAUGGGUUGAGAAAUGUACCCACUCAUACAGAAGAUGGUAUACCUAUCAGAAAGUUAUAUGUGUCAAACCUACCACCCAAGACAACACGGACAGAAUUAUUCAAUGUAUUUGCUCAAUAUGGGUUCAUCAAAAGCUGUUGGUUAAGAAUGGGUGACAAAGGCCCUAAUAAAACUCCUACACCUACUUAUGCCUUUGUCACAUUCAGUAACCCAGCUGACGCUCACAAGGCACUCCAAGCUCCCAAUCAUGAGAAGAUGUUAAGAGGUCGCAACUUGAGAAUAUCCCCAGCAGACAGUUGGCAUCAGCCAGCAGAAGAUGCUGAUGGCAGAGUGUGUUGGAAACCUCGUAGUCUACCACGCAGUCAUGAUAUUGAAGAUUCUUCUCCAGCUUCUGAUAAUAUUGAUUCUCAAGGUGGUCCAUCUGUUGAGUCUUCCUUGGAUAAUGAAGCUAAUAGUUCUAAUGAAAAUACAAACAUAGAAGAGGCCACUCCAGAAACUGAAUACACUUACAACAUAUUAGAUAUACUUAACAGGGAUUGCAUGACACAUAUUUUAACAUUCAUCCCUAUUAAAGAUCUCAUUCGAUCAGAGAGAGUCAGCAAAACUUGGCAAAACAUGAUACAAGAAUAUCUUCAAAGUAUCCGUACGUUCAAAACAUCAUGGUGGGUGCACGAGCAGUCUCGCUUGACGACGGCAGUGUUGCGUCGCGUGUUACAGCGACUUGGCGCGUCGCUGCUGCGGCUGCAUAUAGACCACCAGCUGUCAGCCCUCAACGAUCGUACCGCUCACACCAUUGGGAAGUUCUGUCCUAACCUCGAAGAGCUUAAGGUUGUAGGCAUGUAUACGAAAAAUUGGAAUCCCCUUCUCUAUGGAUGUAAGCAACUGAAAAACCUGUCCUUCGUUUCCUGCAAUAAACUCACAGAUUCUAGUCUAGUACACCUUAUGAAAAACGACUCGUGCAUCGAAACACUAACUGUCGCAAACAACACACAUGUAACCGGCCUUUUUCUAACUGGAUCGGACACACCAAGAAUGCAUUCAUUAUCAUUUUACAAUUGCUACAGCUUACAGGGAACUGUCCUAUGUGCUGCGAUAGAUACAUUACCUAACUUAACGACGUUGAAGUUGGAUGUAUGUCCUAUAGCAAUGUGGAAGAUAAUACCGAUGAUAUUGAAAAAAGUACCGAAACUGGAAGAACUCUCGCUCAGUGAAUACACAUCCACCGAAUGUAUCUCGCCUCACAGCAACGAUGCCUUCUGUGAGGCACUGGCACAAAUGAGGGAUUUGAAAAUACUAAAUCUGAGUAGAAACAUCUAUAUAAAUAAUGCUGUGCUGAAGCAGAUCAGUCAAACAUGCACAAAAUUGGAAUCAUUGAACAUUUCCAGUUGUAAUUCAAUAAGGAAUUUUUCUAGUCCAGGCGUAGGCGACGAAGGCGUGCGCGCCAUAUGCGGGGCGUGUGUGUCGCUGCAGACCCUCGACGUGUCGUACCUCGCGUCCCUCACGGACGCCGGCCUCUGCGCCGCCGCUCGUCUGCCGCGACUGCACCGCCUGGUGACGCGCGGCAGCGACGCGCUCUCCUCCGCACCGCUCGCACAAAUGCUGCGCGCAUGUCACCACCUGCAGGAGGUGGACGCGUGCGGGUGCGACAACGUGUGCGAGGGCGUGGUGGAGGCGGCGGUGGACGCUCUGGAGCAGCGCCCGCGCACGCUGCUGCUGCGGCUGGCCGGCACCGCCGCCGCGAGGGACUAUCACGUCCACGAUCAGGAAUAUCCAAAGCACAAAUUGCUGACUGUGAACAUGGAUGAAGAUCUCAGCAACCCAAACUUGAGGCCGGACUUUGUGGACCAGAUGUUUGAUUACAGUUCAGAUGACUCGUUAGACGAUCUCUAUGAUCACGAUCUUUAUGAGGAUUUCGAAGACUUCCUCGGGCCAGGUGAGUGGCAAGAUGACGAACUAAUUCUGGAUCCCGACGACGAUGACCUCGAUGGUUUAUAUGCAUACGGCAUUCACGCGGCCAACAUUAUCCUUCUAUAGAGUUUCAUCCACUUUCGCAAAUUCAACUCCUUAUUUAAAGGGCUAUUAUUUUAAUCUACAUGUCCUAGUAUUGACACGUUAUUAAGAAGGAAUUCAUUUCUUUUACAUUGUUUUUAUUUGUAUAAAAGUAUCACUAACAAAUCAUUGGAACUGAUUUCAUUUUAUUUCUCUUGUCUAUUGCAUGCAUGAUUACUUUACAUUGAGAAUGAUUUUAAAUGAAGGGUAAUUUUUUUAUAAAUAAUCAUUUGUUAUUCCGCUUAAAUAUUUACAAUAGUAGUUAGUUAGUUGUCCGAUCAUAAUAAGGUAGGUCUUCACAUAAAUGGUAUUUAUCUGUGAUGCAACAAUACUACGACUUUUAAUUGGCCAAAUUCGGUCUUAUUCUAGUUUACUGCUUUUUGUAUAAAAUAUCUCAUGUGUAUUGUAAUUAUAAGUAAAGUCUGAAGUAUUGUGAUAGAAAUAAAAUUAUUUAUGUACCUAACUUUUUUCUGUGUUAUUAUGUACAUGUAAAAUUUGAUUAAAUAUAUAGAUUUAACCGUCUCAUAUGUACCACUCAGUUGUAUAAAUUUUCGAUGUUGUGGCUGCAUUAAAACGGACUAGGCUAUAAACAAAAUUAAAGUUAAGUAUCCUCAUUUUAAAUAACCGAAUGGUACAAUUGGGGAGUGCACUUAUAGUGGUCAUAUUGUCUAAUACUCACUGUUCAUAUUAAGGUAAUACGAACAUAGUGCUUUUACAUAAGAUUUUGAAUAGUCAAUGUAUAUAGAUUAAUGCUUUAAAGCAGUUGUUAUUUGUGAUAGUGCAUACAAUAAAAAACAUUCUGUUAUUUAUUGCAUUUGGUGAAAACAGGACGGUUCUCGUGGAAAAAAAUUCAAUCCACCCUACUAACAAUAGUGUAAUGUUUAUGCCACUUUCAAAUUUGUCACAAUUUCCACUCAUGCCUGUGUUUGGAAAUGUAUAAGAAGGAUACAACCGCGAGCGACCCGUAUGCUUAAACAAUCAGAUCACAGUAAUUGCUCUCAAUUUGUAUCUUGGUAUGUUGUAUGUUAACUAUCAGUAAUGUGUACAGUACGCAUCGUUAUUUGAAUACGAUUUCUACCUCAGCGGAUUUGUUACAUACAAAUUUAAGUGCACUUCAUUAAUGUUUAACAGAGGGCUCUAAUCUGUUGUGGUUCGAAGUGUUUCUUUUUUUUUAACUCCUUGCUAACUUCAUAAAGAAAGAUGUACUGUAAUUGUGAAGAAUAUGACUGAUUAGAGCUCAUUGCAGAAUUAAAGUUCCUUACCGAUACUGGCUAUAGGUAUAAGUUAUAAAGGUUGCCUGCUAAAUAUAAUCAUCUGUUACGUUUUUAUUGUAUAGCAUAUAAAAACACGUCCACUAAUAUUGCAAUAAUUUUGUGCCACUGUUCCAUUGGAAAUUAAUAAUUUACUGCAGACUUAUUUAUUGUAAUUUGGCGGUGAAAUUGAUUGUUAUUCACUGUAUUUGUUAACUUACUAUGGUUAAGUGGGAUUACAUUGUUUUCAUGUUUUUAAUUUAGACAAGUUAUAUUUAGUUUAGAAUCUUUUUUCCGCAAUUUUUAUUAUAUUUCCUUUUUUAAGAAACAAUGGAUUGUAAUCAAAGUAGUGAUUUUUAUUUAAUUUUACUGAAGGAUGAUUUUGUUUUAUACUUAAAAUCGAAGGUUUUAUAUUUUUUAAGGUUUUUAAAUGCGAAUUAAAAGCUUGAUUUACUUGAGUGAGAAGAAAAUAUUUUGUUGAUCAAGAGAACUUUGUUUUGUGAAUUAAUAACUUACAGACCUAAAUAUUUGCUUAGCUUAGCUUGGUAACAACAGAGAUAUUUACUUGUGUAAUUUUCAGGUUCAGUUUAUUUGUUGAUCAGCGUUUAUAUAAUCAAAUAGUUAAUGAAGAAAAAGAAUUUCCAUGCUUUAUAGGUUUAUUUUUUGUUAAAAUUUCAUGGCGUGAUUCAAAUAAUUUUAGAAUACUCAGAGAAAAGUAUGAACAUUGUGAAGUAAAAGUUACUCAUUUCCAUAUGAUCGACAUUUAGUAUGAUGAGGUUUUGUUUGUUAUUGAAUUUGUUUUGUUUGUAUUUGUGUAAUAUCUCAUGUUGCAGGAAGUCUUUUAUGAUGAUGUAGAGGUUUUAUAUCUUCAAUAAUUCACAUAAUAGUGAUUUGUGUUUUUAGAAUAAUUGGCAUUAUCAUGGUCAUAAUAACAUAACGCAUGAGUUUGUGUAUGAGUCUUAGUUUUUUAUAAUUGUUUUAACAUAAUUAGUAAGACAAAAUAAAACAUUCUCUUCAACAGC